AUGGAUGUGGAAAAGCGGACUGUAGCUACAAUGUGUGGGGCUUGGAGACCAGACGAGGAAUAUGGUGGUCUUAUAUUUGUGUUCAAGCAUCGUCAAGAAGCUCUAAGCCCGAAUCCCAUGAACGAGUGUGACUAUCCGGAGAAUAUUGAAGACUUCUGGGAAGCAAGCUUUUCCGACAGCAGUGUGAUUCAGGUGCUCAACAUGGUUAUCAAGGUAUAG